CCCUUAGCAGUGUCACUGGCCCACAACAGCAGCAGCAGUUUCAGCGUCUGAAGGUAGAAGAUGCGCUUUCUUACCUUGAUCAGGUGAAACUCCAGUUUGGCAGUUCUCCACAAGUGUACAAUGACUUCUUAGACAUCAUGAAGGAGUUCAAGUCACAACCAUUGACACCCCUGGGGUCAUCAACCGGGUAUCAAACCUGUUCAAGGGACACCCAGACCUCAUUGUUGGCUUUAACACUUUUUUGCCACCUGGCUAUAAAAUUGAGGUUGAACGAGAGGUCAUCAGUGUGUAUCAGCCUGGUCAACAGGUCAUGUCCAUCACAGCCCUGGCUCAAACUUCAGCCCUGCAGCAACAGCAACAGCAGCUGGGUCAGCAACAAAAAGCAUCAGCCAACUUGACAACAGUUCCACAACCCCCAUCUCAGCAGGUGCCUCCACCUUCCAUCCACCAUGGCUACCCAUCUCGGCCUGGUGCUCAGGAUGUGCCCCAGUCUCUAGCCCAACCAGCACAACCACCCCCAGUUCCUACCACAUCCCCCCAAACAGCCAACCAGCCUGUGGAGUUUAACCAUGCAAUCAACUACGUUAAUAAAAUUAAAAACCGGUUUCAAGGACAACCUGAAGUUUAUAAGCAGUUUUUGGAGAUUCUUCACACAUAUCAGAAAGAACAGAGGAAUCUCAAAGAGCAAGGUGUGACAGGAGGAGCCAGUAAGCCCUUGACAGAGACUGAGGUAUAUCAACAGGUUGCCAAACUCUUCCACAACCAGGAAGACCUUUUGGCAGAGUUUGGGCAGUUCCUACCAGAUGCAAAUGGUGGCAACAGUAAUUACAGUGAUAUGGCACUGGGGGUGCGCAAUGAUCACUCAUCCACAGUGAAGACCUACCUUUCAGGGCAAGGCCCCUUAAAUAAAAACCCUGCACAGCUGAAACGUCCAAUAAGUAACAGUGGAGGGAACAGUGGCCUCCAACCACCACCUGCAAAGGCUAAAAAGAAAGAUUAUCAAGACGAUGAAGCAGAAGCAGCAGUCCCAGGUUAUAAAUACAAGGCAAGCAUACUAAAGGAUGUUUCCCUAGCUGAAGCAGCCAAAAGUGGCACGUUGACAGAGUUUGCCUACUUUGACAAGGUGCGAAAAGCACUGCGUUAUCAAGAGGUGUAUGAAAAUUUCCUGCGAUGCCUGGUGUUGUACAGCAAUGAAGUUAUUAACCGGAGUGAACUAAUCAACAUGGUCAGUCCUUUCCUAAUAAAAUUUCCUGAUCUUUUCAAGUAUUUCAAGGACUUUAUGGGUUACAAAGAUUCUGGGAACAGCAUUGAAUCUGUCCCCCAGGCAGCUGUCAAGGAACGCAGCAUUCGUGAUGAAUGCAACAUGGAGAUAGAUUACAGCACCUGUAAACGUUACGGUGCCAGCUACAGGGCUCUUCCUCCUUCCUACCCUCAGCCCAAAUGUAGCGGACGAACGCCACUUUGUCGUGAGGUUUUGAAUGACACCUGGGUGUCUAUUCCCACUUGGUCAGAAGACUCCACUUUUGUUACAUCCAAGAAAACACAGUAUGAAGAACACAUUUAUAAGUGUGAAGAUGAGAGGUUUGAGCUGGACUAUGUGUUGGAGACAAACCUUUCAACUAUCAAAGUGCUGGAGGGUGUUCAGAAAAAGUUGCAACGAAUGACACCAGAAGAGGCUGCAAAGUUUAGGUUGGACAAUACAUUAGGUGGUACCUCUGAGGUCCUUACAAAGAAGGCCAUUGUCAGGAUUUAUGGUGAUAAGUCAGCAGACAUACUAGAUGGGCUGAAAAAGAAUCCAUGUGUUGCAGUGCCCCUUGUCCUUCGACGACUAAAAGCAAAAGAUGAAGAAUGGCGAGAAAAUCAGCGAUCCUUCAACAAAGCUUGGAAGGAACAGAAUGAAAAAUACCAUCUGAAGUCUCUGGAUCAUCAGGGUAACACUUUCAAACAGAACGAAAUCAAGGCACUGCGCUCCAAGACUCUCAUCAACGAAAUUGAAACUAUUCUUGAAGAGCAAAAUGAGCAGAUACAGCAAGGAGCUGAAAAUUCUGUCACUGAAGCUCACAUUAGAGAGAAAUAUGAGGACAAGACAGUUUUUGAAGAUGCAGCCAGUGUGAUCAUACAUCAUAUGAAACGCCAGACAAGUGUCCAUGCUGAAGACAAGCGGAAAAUUAAACAACUUAUGUACCACAGUAUCCGAGACCUUCUUUUCUAUCCCCGUGGUGAACUCAGCGAUGAUGAAGAGGAGAUGGAAACAGAAGAACCAGCUGCAAAAAGAGCCAAGGUUGUUGAAAAUGGACUUCCCCCAGUACCAGAACCCUCUAGCAGGAGCUCACCAUCAGAGAUCAAUGAAAGCAAGGUGAACGGCACAGGAAAGUCAGCAGAGAAGCCAAAUGGAGAACCAGAAAACGGAAUGCCAUCUGUCACAGAUGUAGAAGCGGAUGCCGAGGAUGAAGACACCUACAAUCUGUUUUAUGCUAACAACAACUGGUAUAUUUUUUUCCGUCUGCACCACAAACUAUGCAUUCGUUUGCUUUAUUAUCGCAACCUAUCAGAAAAAAUUGCUCAAGAGGAGGCUUCAAGCAAGGUUGAUCGCAAACACUCAACAGCAGUUGCUCUGCGUUUGAGGUCACCACUUGACGUAGAACCUGAGCAGUACUAUCAGUAUUGGCUUGACUUGGUGAAGAAUUUGAUGGACUGUUCCUUGGAAACAAAUCAGUAUGAAGACACACUGCGAGAGAUGUUUGGAAUAAAUGCAUACAUGGCAUUCACCAUGGAUAAACAUAUUCAGCAGAUAGUCAGAGUGCUACAGCACUUGGUUACUGAAGACACCAGCAUGCAGCUUUAUCAACUUUACCUUGAUGAACGAGAUAACCGGGCCACAGGAGGCUCCACACUGACUCGCCUGCAGCGACAGACUGCAGAAACCAACUACCAGCGCAAGGCAGAAGCACUUCUAGCAGAUGACAACUGUUACAAGAUAGUGAUAUUAAAAAACAGCGGCGAUGUAGCCAUAACACUGUUGGACCAGCUUGCAGACCAGGCAGAGGAGGUGGUAGAGACAGAACGGUGGUCAGAAUAUGUGGAGCGCUACACUAGUGAGCAUGUCUCCAGUGACCUUGGGACGGAACUUCGAGAGCAGCUGCUGCUUAAGCCUGUAUUCAUGUCCAGGAAUGUCCGAAGCUGGCGGCGGAAACACAUUGACUCUAAAUGCAAAGAGGUGGGCAAAGAGCAAGAACAGGAAGAGGAAGACAAGAAAGGUGGAGAGGAAGGGAAGGAGGCAGAUGAUGAGAGUGCUGGCAAGAAGGGAACUCUUACUUGGCACAUGCAACAACACAUUCAGGAUGUCAACUCUGGCAAGACCAUGAUAGCAGAUGGCUUAGGUGUGCGCUUCACUGUCAACUCUUUAAGAAUGCAGCACGUGUGCUGGGGCAGCGAGACCUGGUACGUGGUUGGAUCUCUAGCCAGAGCUAAAAAGACACAUAAGCGAGUGUCACUUCGCAAACAUGAGAAGUUUGUUGCCUGGGUUAAUGAAUGGCGCAAGAAGCAAGUAACAGAAGAUGAUGAGGCAGUAUGUCUGAGCUGGCUCCUUGGCAAGGGAGAUAACAUCAUCCCCUCACGAACUGCAUGUACAAAGAUAUAUUUUCCAGAUCGGUCACCAUAUUACCAGUACAGCCGCUAUGUUGUGGAUUACAUGGUGUCACCAAUCUGUGCACCCUCUGCUGCUCUAGUAUCAUCAGCAGCUGCAGUCUUGGCAUCAUCAUCAUCAGGACAUUACAACACAUCAGCAGCAUCCGGCACAGGUGGCAGUUCACGACCCUCUUCACGACCUUCAUCCCGCCCAUCGACUCCGGCAGAGUAAAUGACAGCAAUAUGAGUGAUUUGUUAAUAAUUUUUGUUGUUUUACCGUUCUUUUCUCAGUUAAUUGAGACAUUAUGAAGUUUAAUUCAUUUGGGACUUCCAGGUACCUUGGAUGUACCAGUGCCAGUAAUGUCAGAGGUAAAGAAUCUCUGUUCAUUUUCUAAACUGGUUUAUAAGGAAAGACAAUGUUUUUGGAGGUAAAUGAUUAGGAUUUGUUUGUCACAUUAUGUGUCUGAAAAAUGUUGGCUGCCAAACUGUGGAUGUUAGAGAAAAUUUCUUCAACUUGUAAGAAAGACAAGAUAAUAAAUAUGAAAAAUUUUGUUUAGUUGUCUACAUUAUAUUGUUUCCAUAUCUUUGAUGUUUUAUUGCUUUCCCUGCAUGUUGCAUUGUAAAAGGUCAUUCCUAUUUAUAGACAUCUGGUAAUCCUCACAAGAUGUGUUCCAAAUAGGGAAGGAAGAAGUGAUGUGACAACGGUGAAUUGUAAUUUAAAAAAAAUAUGAGAGGUCACUGGCAUUGACCAGAUUGUUGUGUUGGUGGAACAUUACAUAAGUCUAAAUUUGUUCCUAGCAAAUAGUUAACAUCUGGUCUAUUUAAUGGACUGGUCACAUACUGUAAGAUUAGAAGCGGGAUGGGUAUGUUGGGUUUUAUUUUUAUCUAUUGAUACUUAGUGUCUGGUGCUCGACAUCCUUCAUGGGGCUAGCAGGUAGUGGAAGAAAGAGGGAUGGGUGAUGGUUUGUAAUUGGUCAAAAAUUUCUGAUCACUGAAAUAAUACCUUAAAUGGAUAAUUACUGAUUGUAAACGGUAGUUCAGUGGAUAGACAGAGCAUAUUUUUGGUAGCAAAUUGAUUAAGAAAUGGAACUGUGUUGAAACAUUUAUAAUAAUUGACAGUAAACUUUAUAGAUAGAGAGGAUACAUAAGAAAACUGCUUUUGACAUUAACACUGAGGAUCAUCAUCAGUUGUAAUUGAUGAAACUUGAGAAAAAUAAAUGGAGCGAGUUUGAUCCAUAUUGUGUAAUCAAAGAUUUCAAAGUAGUUAUCCUCUAUCCUCAAGUUUGACCUAUGACCUGCUGCAUAUGCCUAAAGUUGUUGAGAAAUGAACAGAUUGGUCAUUAAGGUCACACUGGUUGUAAAAGUUAAUUUAAGUGCAAAAGCAAGUGUUGUCCAGACUGGUGUUGGACAGGUUGCUGUUGCUGCUUGUUGUUGACUUCUUUCUGUCUCCCCUCCCCUGCCUCCAACUUUUACUUUCGUGACACUGUUGUAUUCUUCAAGGUCUCUUGGGUCCUGUUUAAAAGGAACAUUCUUAUCAGAGGGUGUGGUGAUUUUUAUGUAUCAUGAAAGGUUUUUCUUUCAUGAACAAAAUGCAAGGAACAAAAUCCUAGGUGAUUGUGCAGCAUUUCUUCCCAUGCAACUCAAGACUGUCAAGUUAUCCAACUGAAUUUGAUCUCAUGUGGGAUUUAUCAAAAGCUACCCAACUGGUUUGUGAGAAAGGUGAAGAGGUCCCUGAUGUCUUACCUGUUGAUGACAUCAGUGUUGCACCAAAAAGUUUAAAGAUCUGGUUGCACCAGUGUCCCUAAACAUUCUUUACCUGACCAAAGAUUAUAUUUCUCUGGUUAUAGUUUGUUCUAGAAAGCAGCAAUAUGUGGCGGUGUUAAAUAACAAAAUGUUGCUAAAAAUUAUCACUGUCAUUGUCACCAGGGGCCAAGGAGGUUCAGAGGUGUCAGAGUGUUGCCAUUGAUUCUGUCUCUCUGGGUAUGUGAGAGAGUUUGCAAUAUAUCAUUCCUGCCUUCAUGUCAAAUCUUUGCACAUCUUGUCUUUUAUGUUUUAAGUUUUGCCUGUCUUGUCAUGAAGUUAGCCUUGAUACAUUGUCAUCUGGUUUUCAUCUUACUCACCUACCUUGUAUUUUGUAAUAUUUAUUUUAUUUGGGCAUUGCUAUCUCUGUUCCAUGUCUUUUGUUGGUUUUUCUUUUUCUACCUGUGUACUUAGUAACCAUGGCAGUCAUGUACAGAUUAGGUCUUAUAGUUUGAGUGCCAUUUAACGUGGGACUUCUGCUAAUAAGUGCAUGGGCAACUCUUCCACUGCCUCAUCCUUAUAGUGGAAUACCUCACCUCCACUGGUUAUUGUUUCUUAACAAAACAAGAGUACAACUAUGAAUGAAAUUCUGUACAUGUUAAGAUUCAUUAGGGAAAAGCUGGUGUUUUUCAGGAGUAUUCUGAAGGCAGUUAAGAUAAUUUAAUGAUUGUCAUUUUUUUUUUAUUAGGAUGCAUGUGCUUUCAUGUGUUUAUGGAUGUAUGUUUAUAGAGAAAAUACUUUUGUGUGACAGAGGGGUGUUUGUAUUUCUGUUGGAGGAUGAAUGUGGUGCUAUGUGCACGGAUAGUGCAUUUUGUGUGAUUUGUCUUGCACUAACACUUGGUUUCUUCUUUAGGCAUAAAAGUACAGGGAACUGUAUUUAUUGAAAGUUUUAUCAUCUGAAGACCACUAUUACACAGUCAUGUAUGAAAUUUCUGAUGUUGCAAUGUUGACUUGGACUGUGAUGUGGAGACUUUGAAUGGCCAAGUUCUGUCUGCAUGUAACAUUUCAUUGUCACAAAAUUUUCACAUUUGUGAAAUAUUUAGAUAUGCAUUUUCAUCACUGAUUUCCCAUGUAUUCUGUGCAUUUUGUUUGUGGAGGGACUAGUUAUCACUCCCAUUUUACCAUAAGCUUUUGGAAGGGAUAUUGGAUGGGGGGGAUGUCUUUGAAAAAGCAGGUUGCAGCAAAAAAUGUAUUCAAAGCUUCUCAUUUUCUGAGAUUUUUUUUUUUUCUCCUAGGUUAUACUUUAUUUUAAACUACUGAACUAUCAUGACCUUGUUUGUUUACAAUAGUUAUGUGCAACAAGGGCUAGAGUUUAAUAUUGAAAAUAUUGUUGGCAAUGUAGAAUUGCUUUGUACAUUACACAACACAGUAAGAUGAAGUUUAGUGUCAAGAGUGGAGAUAGGAGUGAGAGUUGCAGGGAUAGCUCUCAAGUUUUGAAGGCAUUAAAAUUAACAGCACUAACCAGAUUGUAGUUUGUGAACAUGUACUUUAACGCAACAGGAGUUUCAUACUGGCAAAUACAUACAUGAGUGAGCAUGCAAUGACAUAUUUUAGUUGCUAAAAGAAAUACUGAUUAAGAUAGCAUGUUUUUGUUUUCUUUUUGUUUUUUUGUGGGGGUGGGGGAGAACUGUGGUAAUACAGAAAGUUCAUUUGGAGUUCUAUGAUGAUGCAGGAGAUUGCCUUAAUAGCAAGAGCACAAACAUCAGACAGAAAAAGUGUUUGCUUCCAGAAUAGAUUUUAUUAAUAUUGUGUUAUGUUGUGUCAUCACUUUUAAAAGUUAGAUUAUCUGUGGCUUUUUUUUUUUUGUCAGUUGUGUUUGAAAGAUGAUUGAACCAUCGUCAAGCUAAAUAGAAUGGUUUCCCUCCUUCCACUGAUAAUGAAAUCAAGUGUCGGUGUAUACACAUUUUGUUUCUUGUUAUGGAAAUAAUUUUUGUAAUAAAAUAGAGGUUGAGAGA